UGAUGAAUAGGGUUAUACUAUAUAUUUGUUCCGUCGGCUUCUCCAAACCUAAUCCUCCUUUCCAGUUUCUUCAAGGAGCCGACCGGAGCAGCCAGAUCUCACAAAAAUGGCACCCAAGAAAGGUGUGAAGCCAGUUGCGGCUGCCAAAAAGAAAACGGUGAAGAUUGAUAAUCCAGUAUUCGAGAAACGCCCAAAACAGUUUGGGAUUGGAGGAGCUUUGCCACCAAAGAGGGACCUACACCGGUAUGUGAAAUGGCCCAAGGUUGUGCGUAUUCAAAGGCAGAGGAGAAUCUUGAGGCAGCGGUUGAAGGUUCCACCAGCUUUGAACCAGUUCACCAAAACUCUUGACAAGAACCUCGCAACAAACCUGUUUAAGAUGCUUCUUAAAUACAGACCUGAAGACAAAGCUGCAAAGAAGGAACGUCUUUUGAAAAAGGCUCAAGCUGAGGCUGAAGGGAAGAGUAUUGAAACAAAGAAACCUAUUGUUGUGAAAUAUGGUCUUAACCAUGUCACCUAUCUGAUUGAGCAGAACAAAGCCCAGCUUGUUGUUAUUGCUCACGAUGUUGACCCAAUUGAAUUGGUUGUCUGGCUACCAGCAUUGUGCAGGAAGAUGGAAAUUCCUUACUGCAUCGUAAAGGGAAAAUCUCGACUGGGAGCGAUUGUCCACCAGAAAACUGCAUCUGUUUUGUGCUUGACCACUGUUAAGAAUGAAGACAAGAUGGAAUUCAGCAGGAUAUUGGAGGCUAUCAAGGCCAACUUCAAUGAUAAGUUUGAAGAAAAUAGGAAGAAGUGGGGUGGUGGUAUAAUGGGUACUAAAUCUCAAGCUAAGACUAAGGCCAAAGAGAAGGUCCUUGCUAAGGAAGCUGCUCAGAGGAUGAAUUGAGAGGACAAAACAUUUGUCAUACAAGUUCAUUGUUAGUUUUGAGGCUAUCUGUUUGAGAUAUUUAUUUUCAUCUUUCUGUUUUAGUUAAAAUGAAUGUUUUUUUCUCUUUUUGUAAAGACAAUUUUACCCUUGACUACACUAGGGUGAUUAUGUCUAAUGUUUUGCUGUUGAAACUUGAGUAUAUUAAUUUUGAAAUUCAGAUAUUUCUUCUGUU